CUCGCCCAAUCCCGACCUCACGAUCCCGCGCCGCGCCCCCGCGCACCACAAACGCGGCCACCCCAAUCCGCCAACUCGUAUAUACACGCCGCUUGUUGGCUAGCAUCGUCACCUUGAUCGAUCCCGCCCCUGCUCUGGUCCGUGGCCACCACCAUGGCGUCGCCCAUGCUCUCCGCCACCACCGCGCCGCUCCAGGGCGCCGGCCUGUCCGAGUUCUCCGGGCUCAGGAGCUCCGCCUCGCUGCCGCUGCGGCGGAAUGCCACCUCCGACGACUUCGUGAACGCCGUCUCCUUCAGGACCCACGCGGUCGGCACGAGUGGCGGGCCUAGGCGGGCGCCGACGGAGGCCAAGCUGAAGGUGGCGAUCAACGGGUUCGGCCGCAUCGGGCGCAACUUCCUCCGCUGCUGGCACGGGCGCGACGACUCGCCGCUCGAGGUCAUCGCCAUCAACGACACGGGAGGCGUCAAGCAGGCGUCUCACCUGCUCAAGUACGACUCCACGCUCGGCAUCUUCGACGCCGACGUUAAGCCCGUGGGGGACAACGCCAUCUCCGUCGACGGCAAGGUCAUCAAGGUCGUGUCCGACCGCAACCCCAGCAACCUGCCGUGGGGGGAGAUGGGCGUAGACCUCGUCAUCGAGGGCACGGGGGUGUUCGUCGACCGCGAGGGCGCCGGGAAGCACAUCCAGGCGGGAGCCAAGAAGGUGCUCAUCACGGCGCCAGGGAAGGGCGACAUCCCCACCUACGUCUGCGGCGUCAAUGCUGACCAGUACAACCCCGACGAGCCCAUCAUCAGCAACGCCUCCUGCACCACCAACUGUCUCGCGCCCUUCGUCAAGGUCCUCGACCAGAAGUUCGGCAUCAUCAAGGGCACCAUGACCACCACCCACUCCUACACCGGUGACCAGAGGCUGCUGGACGCCAGCCACCGCGACCUGCGCCGCGCCCGCGCCGCCGCGCUCAACAUCGUGCCCACCUCCACCGGCGCCGCCAAGGCCGUGGCGCUGGUGCUCCCCAACCUCAAGGGCAAGCUCAACGGGAUCGCGCUCCGGGUGCCCACCCCGAACGUCUCCGUCGUCGACCUCGUCGUGCAGGUCUCCAAGAAGACCCUCGCCGAGGAGGUGAACCAGGCGUUCCGCGACAGCGCCGCCAACGAGCUCGCCGGCAUCCUCGAGGUCUGCGACGCCCCGCUCGUGUCCGUCGACUUCAGGUGCUCCGACGUGUCCUCCACCGUCGACGCCUCGCUCACCAUGGUCAUGGGCGACGACAUGGUCAAGGUCAUCGCGUGGUACGACAACGAGUGGGGCUACUCGCAGAGGGUCGUCGACCUAGCUGACAUUGUCGCCAACAAUUGGAAGUGAAGCCUCGCAUUGUAAUAACCCAUCCUCGGCUUCAAAAUUUUCCCCAGGGUCUUCCCUGAUGAUAAUUUGUAAUGAGAAAUCGAGGACCCAAACUCCCAACAAUUCCUUUUAUUUUCUCUCUCCCUUCUCCGAUUUUUCAUUGUCCAGGGACGGAGUAUAAUCGACUUCCGGCAAAGGAAAUCGCAGACGCUGUAUAAUGCAGAUUUGUAAUAUAUACUAUCUGUUGCAAGGUUCUUUUGUA